GAGAGAAAGGAUUCGCUUGCGCGCUAGCAUCUCAUUGGAACGCAUGCCGGCCUAUUCAGUAUCAAUUGUGAUUCAUUCACUUCUGCCGGGCUGGUCUAUAUUUGUAUUUAAAGUCGCUUUAUAGUGACUGUGAUUUGACACUGCACGGAGAAGAGGGAGAGAGAAAGAAACAGGGAGAGAAAAAGCACCGCCACCAAGAAUCUCCCUAGAUGGCGCCAACUGCAACGUUUUUUGUUUGUCUUCUUGUACUGCACGUGACAUACGCCAGGCCACGUGACCUGCAGCUCAUCAGUGAUAGGUUGACGAAAAACAUGCGCAGAGCAGCUUCGUACAGAAUGGGUUACUUGUUCGGAAAAAGAUCUGGAGCUGCGAGUCCUGCGGAAACAGCCGAUUUGAUAAAAUACUUAAGGCCACAAGCUGAGGAUCGGUGGACACAUUUCUAUCAUGACAACGCAGCCGAUACCAGACAUUCUAGUACGAAACUGAGACAGUUAAAAGGGCAAGAAUACCUGUUAAUCUAAUGGCCGGUUUGAAGCGUACACCCGAUGUCUGUGCCUUUUUACUUACAAUGAACUGUUCGGAGAGUUUAAUAUGAAUUUAAUACCAACCAUGUUCUAAAUCUAAUAUUACGCUCAGCUACAAAAUUACAUGUGCAAUAUUACUUUUAACAAAGCUUCAACUUUCACAAACGUAAUCACACUAUUAUGUAACAGAAAAUAAAUCAAUCUCCACUAACGGGAUUCGAACAACGGGCUCUCAGUAUGAGAGUCCAGCGCUCUACCAACUGGGCUAAUUAGGAGCACGUUGUAUCAGCACUAUUACAUCCAUGUAAAAAGCCAUAUAACAUGUAUCAAUACCAAUACGUACGGGGUGGGUUAUCAGUCUUCAAUUUUACAUUAAAAAUUAUUUAUUUAUUUAUAUAAAAAAAAAACUAAAUCAGUUUUUAGUUUUACAUUAAAAAUUAUUUAUUUUA